UGCGUUUUUUAUUAACUUUUAUUCUGAAUUUUGUAGAUCUGGAUCGGAAUCAGGAGGCUUUGAAUUUGAAACAUGUAUAAGUGUAUGUUGCGUUUUUUGAAUAAUCUGGAGUGGAAAGAGGCAUUCUUUGUACCAAUCUCUCCCAAAUUUCAAUCUUCUUGAAGCAAUAUCAAUUUUCUUUUUGUGCUAAGCAUUCAAUGUAUUUCUUUCUUGGGAUACCAAAAGAUGAUUUUUGAGUUGGAUUGUAAAAUGGUUGUAGAUGAUGUGCACAACAAUUAGAUUAAUCUCUUUGAAUAUGGUUCGAUUAUCCAAAAUUGUGCAACUUUACUUGAUCACUACAACGACUUUACUUGAUCAAGAUAGGCCCAGAGAUCCGGCAAAGUGGAGUGGAAUUGCCGAUGUUGUGUCAGCACUAUCUAUUCCAGUUAUAGCAAAUGGUGAUGUCUUUGAGUAUGACGAUUUCCAACACAUUAAAUCUGCUACGGGGUUUGGCAUAAGGGGCUUCGUCGGUGAUGGCUGCAAGAGGGGGCACUUUGGAAUCCUUCAAUAUUUUCACCUGAAGGCGAAGUUUCUUAUGAGGAUACCCAAAAAGAAUAUAUUAGGAAGUGCAUCUUGUGGGAUAAUGAUAUUAGAAGCACCAAGCAUACAUUAAGGGAUAUGAAGUCGCAUUAUUCGUCUAUUGAGGUCCCUGAAUGGAGGGCCGUGGUCAAAUUCGAGACCACAAAACAGAGAUAGCGUAAGUUUGUUUCUUUAUCGCUUACCUUUAUCCUUGCAAUAUAUGUUGUGUUGACUUUGUUUGAUAUUCACACACUUAUUGUUUCCAAUCUCUUUUAUGUGAUUUUAAACUGUCAUAUGUAAACAGAUUAAAAAAAAAAAAGUUAAAUACACCCUCCUUCCCCGUAUAAUUUGUGUUCAAAAUAGGAUGCGUAUAACAUUAUCAAUCAAUCUCACUGCAAGUCUACUAAGUGAGGAGGAUCUGAAAUAAACAACUUUGGUCUGAAUACUAAUAAGAAGCCAUUAAAAUAUGGCUUGUCCUAUAACAUCCAAUCAAUAAACAUUUAAAUUGAAAUGAACACACAAUCAAUCCAACUAAACUUGAAACUAGGUAGAAGGAAUUUCUGAUAGGCUGCACUUCAGGUUACAUGCACACUUUAGUGGUUUUGGAUCAGCAGAUAUAGGUCAUUUCCUUUCCUGGUUGAAGAGAGAGAAAGAUGUUAGAAUAAAUACAUAUACUGAUUACGAAUAAUUAAUAAUAUACUACUAUUAAUAAUAACUUCAACCGAAUAGUCAAACCAAAUUAUAAAACCAAGUAAUUUAAGCUAGUUGUGUACCUUAGAAAAAACUCUUUUUUACUUCUUAAAUCCACCCCAUGUAAUACGCACAUUUGCUUCAUUUUGUAGUUGAUUUUUUUCUGUCGCGACUGAUGAGAACUAUGUUGUAACCCAGUGUUCCCAAAUAACGCAAUAGGCGUUUGUUAAUCAUGUCCUCAGAAAACAGGGCCACAUAACUUUCGGGACUUGCUCUAGUUUCAACUAGGUUUUCCACAAAAUUUCUUAAGUACUUUAUCAUUUGAAACCAUAUCUUUUAUCAGAUCAGCAAACUGGAAUUUUUGUACCCUCUUUAUCAUCACUCUCAUUGCCCAUGACAUGAAAAUUUGACAUAACGUACAUCUUUCAGCAGUCCAUUUCACUUUCAGGCGCCAAAAGAUUAUAUCCUUUAAGAUUUCAUAAUCAGCUUCAUUGCUCCCCUUUGGAGUUGAGUUGUAGUUAAAACCUUCAUCACUCCACUAGUCUAAAAACCUCUUACAGUACCCUGGGUUUGAAUAAACCUCAAUUGGAGGCAAGUCUUCCCAAACCUUAAUAACAUUUUUCUCUUCAAACUCCGAUCUCAACACUUGCUUCAUCUUUUCAAGUGUUACAUCUUUGUCCAGACCUAGAUUCUCAUAGUCCCACCAGCAGCCUCCAAGGUGUGACAUUUUCUUUCCGCCAUACUUAGAGCUCAUCUUGCUUGAAACAUAAAUCAAUAUUUCUCCAAUGAUAUAGGGAAUCAUCUUUCUGUCAUUGGUAUGAAGUUCUAUUGCUGCAGCCCUUAAAAAAAUUGCAGUCAAAUCCUCAAACAGCCAGUCUACUUUGUAACAAAUCCUUUUGGUAAAAGUAUAUGGGUGCCUCAUCUUUUCUUGCCUGAUCUCUUCUUUUCCCUUUUCAAUAGAAGAGAUUAGGCAAGAAAAGAUGAGGCACGCAUAUAAUUUUACCAAAAGGAUUUGUUACAAAGUAGACUGACUGUUUGAGGAUUUGACUGCAAUUUUUUUAAGGGCUGCAGCAAUAGAACAUCAUACCAAUGACAGAAAGAUGGUUCCCUAUGUCAUUGGAGAAAUAUUGAUUUAUGUUUCAAGCAAGAUGAGCUCUAAGUAUGGCGGAAAGAAAAUGUCACACCUUGGAGGCUGCUGGUGGGACUAUGAGACUCUAGGUCUGGAAAAGGAUGUAACACUUGAAAAGAUGAAGCAAGGGUUGAGAUCGGAGUUUGAAGAGAAAAAUGUUAUUAAUGUUUGGGAAGACUUGCCUCCAAUUGAGGUUUAUUCAAACCCAGGGUACCGUAAGAGGUUUUUAGACCAGUGGAGUGAUGAUGGUUUUAACUACAACUCAACUCUAAAGGGGAGCAAUGAAGCUGAUUAUGAAAUCUUAAAGGAUAUAAUCUUUUGGCGCCUGAAAGUGAAAUGGACUGCUGAAAGAUGUACGUUAUGUCAAAUUUUCAUGUCAUGGGCAAUGAGAGUGAUGAUAAAGAGGGUACAAAAAUCCCAGUUUGCUGAUCUGAUAAAAGAUAUGGUUUCAAAUAAUAAAGUACUUAAGAAAUUUUGGGUUGAUGUGGAAAACCUAGUUGAAACUAGAGCAAGUCCCGACAGUUAUGUGGCCCUGUUUUCUGAGGACAUGAUUAACAAACGCCUAUUGCGUUAUUUGGGAACACUGAGUUACAACAUAGUUCUCAUCAGUCGCGACAGAAAAAAUCAACUACAAAAUGAAGCAAAUGUGCGUAUUACAUGGGGUGGAUUUAAGAAGUAAAAAAGAGUUUUUUCUAAGGUACACAGCUAGCUUAAAUUACUUGGUUUGACUAUUCGGUUGAAGUCAUUAUUAUUAGUAAUACAUUAUUAAUUAUUCGUAAUCAGUAUAUGUAUUUAUUCUAACAUCUUUCUCUCAAUCUCUCUCUUCAACCAGGAAAUGACCUAUAUCUGCUGAUCCAAAACCACUAAAGUGUGCAUGUAACCUGAAGUGCAACCUAUCAGAAAUUCCUUCUACCUAAUUUCAAGUUUAGUUGGAUUGAUUGUGUGUUCAUUUCAAUUUAAAUGUUUAUUGAUUGGAUGUUAUAGGACAUGCCAUAUUUUAAUGGUUUCUUAUUAAUAUUCAGACCAAAGUUGUUUAUUUUAGAUCCUCCUCACUUAGUAGAGUUGCAGUGAGAUUGAUUGAUAAUGUUAUACGCAUCCUAUUUUGAACACAAAUUAUACGGAGGUCUAAGACCUUGUUCGGGGAAGGAGGGUGUAUUUAACUUCUUUUUUUUUAAUCUGUUUACAUAUGACAGUUUAAAAUCACAUAAAAGAGAUUGGAAACAAUAAGUGUGUGAAUAUCAAACAAAGUAACACAACAUAUAUUGCAAGGAUAAAGGUAAGCGAUAAAGAAACAAACUUACGCUAUCUUUGUUUUGUGGUCUCGAAUUUGUUUCUAUGUGUAAGAGCUUGACAGUUGACUCUAUGGUGUAGAAAGACUUAUUGCUGCAUGUUUGUUACUGUUAAUCUUCAGUAUUAUAAACUAUAUUUUGAUCUGCAUCCAAUUAUUCUUAUUUUCUUGAAUCAAUGUGGAUGAUAUAGUAUAUCAGAUUAAGAUGUUAUAUUGACAUGGAGUUUGAGUA